GAACUCCGAGCAGCUCAGUAGCAGGCAGCUGUGCAGGACAGAGCACCUCUCCUGUGUGAGGCUCGGGAACUCGCCGAUAACUGAGACGUCAGGCUUUAAAACCUUCUUCUCGAAGAAAGAAACUCUGAACCAAAACAUUAACGAUGGCGACAAUGUUCAGAUACCCCGUCUUCCCUCAUCUGCAGGAUCCGUGUGAUCCUGGUCUAUCACUGUCACCAGGGAGGAGUGUCAUGGCGGAACCGGACUAUCUGGACGGCGACUGUGAUGAGCUCAUCAAACCCAAGAAGCUGAUCAACCCCGUCAAAAACUCACGGAACCACCAGGACCUGCACCGAGAGCUGCUCAUGAACCAGAAGAGGGGUCUGGCUCCCCAGAACAAACCGGAACUCCAGAAGGUUCUCGAGAAGAGAAAGAGGGAACAAGUAAUGAAAGCCCAGAAGGAGGAGCAGGAGGCCCACAAGAAGAGGAGCGACCUGGAGAUAGAGCUCAUGAAAAGACAACAGAAACUGGAGCAGCUGGAACUGGAGCAGCAGAAAAUCGAGGAGGAACAAGAAAACACGCCGGAAUUUGUGAAGAUGAAGAGCAACCUCCGCAGGACCAAGCAGGAGACCGACGGAGAGGAGCGAACCACCUAAGAAAAACCAGCAGGGGUGUCCGAGUCUGGCCGACUUUGAGCGCCAGGAGUGUGAAUAAAAGAGAGUGUGUUGCGUCUGUGGUACACGCCCGGCGACCCGACCGCGGUCCAAGAUGAACUUCCUGGCUUUCCCAACCUAGCUGUUCCUUCCUGCAGUGAGGAGAGAGACUUUACAGACUAGAGACACCCCCUCCCUCUGCCUGCUACGGACUGCCAGCACCCGCACCCUUCCAGCAGCAGCAGCAGCAGCACACAGCAGCCUCACAUGGAGGGACCUCACACAGACACGUCACACGCUUUUCACUAAAAGGCCCGAGGAAGCUUCCAGUGAGCCCUGAUGGAGGAACACUCAAACACACAUGCACACAUUCUCACACACACGCACACACAGGAGUAUUCAUUCCCUCUGUCACCACUCCUUUCUCCACAGCAAGCUGUUGUUUCUAUUUACUGUUCUCUGUGUUGUCAUUGUUCUUUGUUUUUGUCAUUUUUUUUUUUUGUUCUCAUCAUCAGUAUCUAAAAAAAAGAAAAAAAGAAAAAGUGGACACUGGAUGGACUCUUGAAGCUGUGUAAUGUAAAAGCCAAACAAAUGUGCUUUUCUUAUUUAUGUUUGUAGCUUUUAGCCCAGGUAUAGGGGAGGACACUUUUAGUCAUUCUGUAUUUUUAGUUUGUUUUACAGCAUAGUAUAUGAAGCCAGAACAGGACAAAGGGAGUGUGUGGUUGCGUGAAUCAUUCAAGUUUGCUUUAUUAUAUAUAUUUUUUUUAAUUUUCAAACAUGCCAUUUCCUCAACUAAUGCAAUAGUAGAACUCCCAGGCAUGAGAGUGACAUUUUCUUUAUAUAUUCUGUUGUUUUGUAUGAAUAAAAGUGUUACUAAAUAAAUAAUUUAAGUUUU